AUGCAUCAAUAAUAAUAAUAAUAGGAUGAAUAGAAAAGAUCUCUUGUUUAGGAGAAAAUGUAGAUGAAGUAAUAAGGAAUAGAUAAUGGAAAUAUGAGAAAAAUAAAUGACGAGGAUAUCUAGAAGAUUUAGGCUUAUGAAUAGAUGUAAAUAGAAAAUGCAAUGAAAAAUUCAACAUGGAGCACUUUAAUGUUAUUAAAAAGUAAAGAGAUUGUAAAAUCAAAGUAAAAAUAUUAGAUAUUUAUAUUUUAAGAUGGAGACCAAAAAAAAAAUAAAGAUUGUGGGAUUAAUAUAAAAUAGAUAAAAUUUUGAAGAAAUAUUCCAUCAUGAUAGAAGGUAAUGAUCCUCCACCUCCAAUAAAAUCAUUUUAAGAUUUAAGAGUAGAUGACAGAAUUUUAAAAAUUUUAAGCAAAAUGAAAAUUAAAAAACCUACUCCUAUUCAAAUGUAAGGAUUGCCUGCAGUGUAAUUUAUAUAAUAAUAAUUAAGUUUAAUGGGAAGAGACAUUAUAGGAGUAGCACCAAGUGGUUAAGGAAAGACUUUAGUAUUUUUAUUACCUGCAUUACUAUAAUGUAUAGAUGAGUAGAUGAAAAUGCCAAUAAUUAGAGGUGAAGGACCUUUUGCUUUGAUAUUACUUCCAUCACAUGAAUUGGCAAUCUUAACAUAUGAAUUAGCUAAACAAUAUUGCCACAAAUUUUAAAAGAAAGUAAAUGAUUUGUUAAUAUUAAUUUUUAGGGAUUUCCAGAAAUACAUUGUUUAUUAGGAAUAGGAGGUAUGGAUAUGUCAUCAUAAUUAUAAUCAAUAAAAAAUGGAGUUCAUAUUGUUAUUGGAACUCCUGGCAGAAUUAGUGACAUGGUUAAUAAAAAGAAAAUAAAUAUGGAUUUGUGUAGAUUUAUAGUUCUUGAUGAAGCUGAUAGAAUGUUAGAUUAAGUAUUUGAAUUGGAAAUCAGAAAUAUAUUAGAACAUUUUACAGUAUUAUUAAUUAAUUGAUACCUAAGUUUAGGGUCCUAGAUAAACUAUGUUAUUCAGUGCUACACUUCCAAAGAAAAUAUAAGAAUUUACAAAAUAAACAUUAGUUGAUCCAUUAGUGAUAAAUGUAGGUAGAAGUGGUUAAAUUAAUUUGAAUGUGAUAUAGGAAAUAUUAUAUGUUAAACAAGAAGAAAAAUUACAUUAUUUAUUAGAUAGUCUCAAAAAAACAACACCUCCUGUUGUCAUUUUUAGUGAGCAUUAAAAUGAUGUUGAUGAUAUUAAUGAAUAUCUUUUAAUUAAAGGAGUUGAAGUAGUUGGAUUACAUGGAGGAAAAUAAUAGGAAGAUAGAACUAAAGCAUUAAAAUAAUUUUUAAAUGGCUAGAAAGAUGUCUUAGUUGCAACUGAUGUAGCAGCUAAAGGUUUAGAUUUUCCAGAUAUUAAACAUGUUAUUAAUUAUGAUAUGCCAAAAGAUGUAUAAGAUUAAAUUAAUUUAGAUUGAAUCUUAUAUACAUAGAAUUGGAAGAACUGGAAGAUAAGGUAAAACUGGAAGAGCAACAACUUUUGUUAAUAGAUAAUAAGAAGAAUCUAUUUUAUUAGAUUUAAAGUAUUUACUUGUAGAAUCAAAAUAAAGUAUAUUAAUUUAUUUAAAUAAUAGAAAUCCCUUAAUUCUUAGAGAAAUUGAAAUCAGAUGAGGAUUUAAAUGGUUCAUGUGGUUAUUGUGAUGGUAUGGGUCAUAGAAUGGCUAAUUGUCCUAAACUAGAAAAGUAGAAGAUGAGAGUAUACAUUUGUAUAUAACUUUAUUUUAGAUUUUAACUAAUCCUAACAAAGAAAGUUGUCCAGAUUUUCUAAAAGGUUAAAAUUAUAGAGAAAGUUAAAGUGCAGAAAGAGAAAAUUAAAUGGGAUGA